CUAGUGGACGGAACGCUUCUUUCAACGUCAGACACCUCCGUAGCUUGCUAGGCAAAAAGCCGAACCAAUAAAGCUCUUUAGACGCUUUCGUGUUUAUUAGCCACCGUGUUUUAAACCAAUUUCUGUCGUCUAGUUAGUUAUCAGAUUUAUUUUCAUAUUUACGGUGUUGUUAAUUAGUCAGCUAGCUGGCUGGUUAAGUUAGCAUUAGCCUAACUAGUUAACAUCCCUGACCAUGCGGUCACUAAGCUACUCUUCUGCUAAAGAAGAGGAAGUCUACUGGACGGAGAAAGAAACUCCCGUGAAAGAGGAGGAGGAGGAAGAAGAGGAGGCUGUUACAGUAAAAAAAGAAGUAGAGGUUGAGGCUGUUACCAUGAAAGAAAAAGGGAAAGACGUUACAGUGAAAGAAGAGGAAGACGCGUUCAGAGUGAAAGAGGAGGAGGAUGUUACAGUAAAAGAAGAGGAAGAUGCGUUCAGAGUGAAAGAGGAGGAGGGGGAGAUGACUGUUACAUCGAAAAAGGAGGAGGAAACUGGAUAUCUGGGCCCGGUUUCCCAAAGCCAUCUUAAGGCAUCCAAUGGUUCUAACAAUGAAUUUAGCCAUAAGAUGGUUUUGAGAAACCGUUCCCUGAUUAACACUAGAGAGAGAUGUGACUAUCGUGGAUCCUCUGGGGAGCCUCAACAACAACAUGAUGCAGAAGAGGCAGAGACAUGUCUCUCCAGAUCAGAACUCCUCAAGAGACACCAGCAGAAAUCCACAUGGAGGAAAUAUUACCACUGCUGCUCUGACUGUGGUAAAAGAUUCAACUAUUCAGUAGAACUUAAAAUACAUCAAAGACAUCACACAAGAGAGAAACCAUAUGGCUGUGCUCAAUGUGGGAGAAGUUUUGUUUAUCCUUGCCAUCUGACUGAACACCAGAGAACACACACAGGAGUGAAACCAUUUAGCUGUGAUCAAUGUGGGAAGAGUUUUGCAAAAUCUAGCCAUCUGACUGAACACCAGAGAACACACACAGGAGAGAAACCAUAUAGCUGUAAUCAAUGUGGGAAGAGUUUUUCUACUUCUAGCUAUCUAACUACACACCAGAGAACACACACAGGAGAGAAACCUUAUAGCUGUGAUCAAUGUGGGAAGAGUUUUACUCGGUCACACAGCCUGACUAUACACAAGCGGACACACACAGGGGAAGAGAUACUCUGAUUAAACAUAAAAUACAUGAAGGAGUUGUUUCAUGAUAUCACUGAAAUAAUGUCACAAUGUAGAAUGUUUUAACAUUGUAGUAGGAGUGUUUUAAUGAUGUCACAAUGUAGAAUGUUUUAACAUUGUAGUAGGAGUAUUCUAAUGAUGUCACAAUGUAGAACCCUAAUUGUCUGUCCCCUGUUCCAUUGAUUUCAACAUUAUAUGGAUAUUAGCCUCAGGGGGAAAAUCCAGGCUCUGAAUUGGAAGAGUACUAUUCAUGAGAUUCAACAAAAAGUGACUAACAAAAAAAGUGUUGUGUUAUACACUUACCACGUUGGUGACCCACUUGAAUCAAAAUGCAACUCUUCAAUGUUUAUGUUUUCAGUUUAUCCCAAACUGUUUCUACAUAUUGGUUAUUGAUUUGGACACGUUAAAACUGUGUUUUGACAUUGGGCUAUUCCCAUUUAGCAAAAUGUAAUUGAAAAGAUGUUGAAUGUCCGAUGUCCAAUAUAUGUUCGGUUGUAGUUGAAAAGAUGUCUUUUCUGGUCGUUUUUUCAAUGACUUGAAGACAACUUCAUUUCAACGUACUUGCAGCCUAUACACAUGGAUGCAGUAUAAUGAAUUGGUCUAUAAUCAAUUUUUAUUAACAAUCCUACAUCACUCCAGCAUUUCUUUGGAACAUUCAAAUGCUAAUUGUCUUUAUUCCACUACUGAAGAUGUAUGUCUCAAAACACCUCAUAUUUCAAACUUUCAGCCUGACAAAAGAUACAUGUUUUAUUAUUCCAUGCCUCACCAUUCAGUUAUUAUUGCCAAUACAUAUUAACAAAGGGGUGUACAUUUGGUUUUGAUAUUUCAUAUUUACAAUUCAUGUAACGUUUAGUAAUAAUUAUUUAUGCAACCAGCUGACAAUUUUGGGUACAAUUAUAUUGACACUAUUGCUCUGCUUUUAUAAUAUCAGGGUUCAUUCUCAGAUGUGCCAACCCAAAUGUACUAGAGCAUGACCUUGGGGACUGAGCCCAGAUCCAACAACAUGCCUAUCGAGUGAACCCUGAAAAGAGAGAGAAGCUCCGCAGUGAGGUGGAAAGUUACUACGGAUAUUGCAGGAGAUUCCUCUUGAAAUCAGACAUGUCAUUGGUGAGAACAACCUGGUUGCUGAUUGUCUCAAGGGUGGGCAGUCAAAAUGUUUUCGUUUAGUCAGUGAGUUGCCAUGGAUCACAAUUUAUUUUUGACUGCAUGUUUUUCCGUUUUGGAGAUGAGUUUUGUUUGGGCUCGUUCCGAGGGUACGAGAGUUCUAGAAGCUAGUGAGUUUUAGGAAGACGAGAGUUCGAGAAGCUGGUGAGUUUUAGGAUUCUAUAGAAUCAUUCUAUAGAAUGGAAAAUGAGAAAAGAUACGAUUGAAAAUUAUUAUUUAGAAAUAUUUUUUCUUGUUUUUAAUAGCCAGUAGUUUUUAAUAGCCAGUAGACACUGUUUAUAUUGGUGAAGUUGAAGCGUUGUAGUUGAUUAUAAUGUCAAAUGGAAUGUAAAAUUGUUUUCUGUUGGAGGUGAGCAAACUUGUCCAGCAAAAAUAUUGGAUAUAUUUGUUGUCUUAAGGUGUUGGUAUUUGAUUUUCAAUUUUUGUUUUGAGGUUGGACUUUAGCACGUUUCGCUCGUCAGCACGUUUAGCUCGUCAGCACGUAGGACGCACUGAUUGGUGUCACCUCGUUAGUCAGUAUGUGUUACACCUGUGCUGGCUUGUCCAUCUCAUUAGUGGGAAGGUGUUUCACCUGAGCUGGUCCAGGUUCUAUUUAAGAGUGUCUGGCCCAGUGCUCCAGUUGUCUUGAUAGAUGUGGAGAGUCAACACCUUUAGUUGUUCCACCUUUUUGGUUUAAGAUGUUUUCAUUUUAGGUUGAAGCUUCUUUCUGAAGAGAGCUUUUUUUUAAAGAAAAAUGAAUACAAACAAGCAAACCUGGUCGGUUCCGGGGAUUGGUAUAGCAAAUACCGUAAGAUUUUCAUGGACUGAAAAGGAGAUGGAACCUUGGGGCAGGGAAACUUUUGGAAGGACUAUAUUGAUGGGAUGCCUCAGGAUAGAGGUGAAGGAAGUACUCUGCCUUCAAGGGAACCCGAAUGAGAAGGCUUUCGAUGUGACGUUUCACAAAGAGGAGAAACAUGAUGAUGUAUUGAAGAUGGCAAAGGAAGCGGUGAAAACGGGACCCCUGUGCCAUUAUGCGGUGACCAGCCUGGCGAAGAACAACUUCAGGGUGGUCACCGUAACCAUGUACAAUCCGCAUGUGAAAGAUGAAGAGGUGAGGGCCUUUCUGGGGAGGUACAUGGACAAUGUCUCCUCAGCGAGGUACCUCAGGGACUCCCUGGGUUUCUGGAACGGGAGGAGAGGGUUCCAGGCGUUACUCAGGGAGUCCCCGAAGAGUGUGGAUGGCUACCUCCAUCCUCCGGCGAUGUUCUCCCUGGGGGCUGACAGGGGAACACUCUACUAUGCACGUCAGCCCCCGUUCUGCAGGCGUUGUAUGGCCUACGGCCAUAUCCUGGCCUCGUGCAGCGCCAAGAAAUGUCGUUUUUGUGGGUCGGAAGAGCACGAGGCCAAGGAGUGUGACGAGCCCAAGGCUUGCCACGGGUGUGGCUCGAAAGUACACCUGUGGCGUGAUUGCCCGGCUCGUCACAGGUCAUACGCGUCUGCAGCUGGGGGGGGAGCGGGGGAUGGGGGGAGGAAAGAGAGGACGCAUGCGGAUUGUACGGAUGGCACAGGGGAAAGGAAGGAGAAGGACGAAGAAGGGAAGAAGGAAGAGGCGAAAAGAAAGAGAGAAGAUGGAAAGAAGGAGAGAUUAAAAAGAAGGUGGAAGAACGCUACCUCCUUCACCAAAGAAGAAAGGGAUAAAGAGGGGGAGCUUGGCAGGAAGUGAG